CGGGCGCGCGGGGAGGCUGCACGCCGCCGCCGCCGCCCGGAGCAUCUGCCGCCUGAGCUGCGGAUCGCGGCCGCCGCCCGGGCCAUGGAGACGCUGAACGGCCCCUCGAGCGGCGGCGCCCCGGACACCAAGCCGCAGCCAGCCGGCCAGCAUCACCGCCACCACCACCUGCACCCGCUGGCCGAGAGGAGGCGGCUGCACCGCGCACCCUCGCCCGCCAGACCCUUUCUCAAGGACCUGCACACGCGGCCCGCCACGGCCACCCCCUCUGCGGGCCGUGCCCCGACUCCUGCGGCUCCUCGCUCACCCAGCCUUGCCGGAAAGGCGCCGCCGUCACCCGGGCCCCCGGCCGCGCCCGGUCGUCUCUCCCGACGCAGCGGCGUAGUCCCCGGCGCGAAGGACAAGCCGCCGCCGGGCGCCGGAGCCAGGUCGGCGGGCGGCGCCAAGGCCGUCCCGGGGACCAGGAGGGCGGCGCGCGCGGUGCCCGCGGAGCCACUGUCCCGGGUGGGGAGGCCGACUGGAGCCGAGCCGCCGCCUGCCGUCGCGAAGGGCCGCAAAGCCAAGCGCGGCCCCGGGACACCUUCAGCUCGCGCCGUCCUGCCCCCGGCUCCCGCCGCCCGGGUCCCCGCCGUGACCCUCUCUGUGACCUCGGUGGCUGGCUCUCGUAUCAACCACACGGAUAGCAGCUCGGAUCUCUCCGACUGCGCCUCCGAACCCUUGUCUGAUGAGCAGCGCCUGCUCCCCGCCGCCAGCAGCGACGCUGAGUCGGGCACCGGCUCCAGUGACCGGGAACCUAUACGGGGAGCACCCACUCCGAGCUCCGGACCCCGCGGGCCGCCGCCGGGCAGCCCCGAGCCCCCUAUCCUGCUCGCGGCGCCCCCUGUCGCCAGUGCCUGUCUCGGGGGCCGAAGCAGUCCAGGCGGGGCCUCCACAGCGUCCCCGGGACCCGGUUCUCAGGAGGAUGUUGGGGGCCGAGCGCCACCGGAGCGGACUAUUCUGGGGACCUCCAAGGAUCCUAGCUUGGGCGAACAGCCCCGGCUCUUGGUGGUGGCUGAGGAAGAGGAGCUGCUGAGGGAGAUGGAGGAACUGCGCUCGGAGAACGACUACCUCAAGGAUGAGCUGGAUGAGCUCCGUGCAGAGAUGGAGGAGAUGAGGGACAGCUAUCUGGAGGAGGACGGUUACCAGCUGCAGGAGCUCCGUAGAGAGCUGGACCGGGCUAACAAGAACUGCAGAAUCCUGCAGUACCGACUCAGGAAAGCCGAGCAGAAGAGCCUGAAAGUGGCGGAAACAGGGCAGGUGGAUGGGGAGCUCAUCAGAAGCCUGGAGCAAGACUUGAAGGUAGCCAAAGAUGUGUCGGUCAGAUUACACCACGAACUCGAGACCGUGGAGGAGAAGCGUGCUAAAGCCGAAGACGACAACGAAACGCUCCGGCAGCAGAUGAUCGAGGUGGAGGUAUCCAGACAGGCCCUCCAGAAUGAAGUGGAGAGACUGAGGGAGAGUUCUCUGAAGAGAAGAGGCAGCCGGGAAAUGUACAAAGAGAAGAAACUUGUUAACCAGAUAACCCUCCCUCGGGCUAUUCUUGCCUGGCAGGAUGACAGUGCGGAUUUGAAGUGUCAGCUUCAGUUUGCCAAAGAGGAAGCUUCCCUGAUGCGCAAAAAGAUGGCCAAGUUGGGGCGGGAGAAGGACGAGUUGGAGCAAGAACUGCAGAAGUAUAAGUCCCUCUAUGGUGAUGUGGACAGUCCCCUCCCAACAGGGGAGGCUGGUGGUCCCCCCAGCACCAGGGAGGCAGAGCUGAAGCUGCGGCUGAAGUUGGUGGAGGAGGAAGCCAGCAUCUUGGGCAGGAAGAUCGUGGAGCUGGAGGUGGAAAACCGUGGCCUCAAAGCAGAGAUGGAGGACAUACGGGUUCAGCAUGAGCGAGAGGGAACAGGCAGGGACCACGUGCCAAGCACUCCUACCUCACCCUUCGGAGACUCAAUGGAGUCCUCCACGGAGCUCCGCCGGCACCUGCAGUUUGUGGAAGAAGAGGCUGAGCUGUUGAGGAGAUCCAUCUCUGAGAUUGAAGACCACAACCGGCAGUUGACCCACGAGCUGAGCAAGUUCAAAUUUGAGCCUCACCAGGAGCCAGGGUGGCUUGGGGACGGUAUAUCUAAGGGCCCCUCAGCCAGCGUUCCCCUGCAGGAGGAGCUGAAGUCAGCCAGGCUACAGAUUGAUGAGUUGAGCGGGAAGGUACUGAAGCUGCAGUGUGAGAACCGGCUGCUGCUGUCCAAUGCCCAACGGGGUGACCUUGCCGCACAUCUGGGGCUACGCGCUCCGAGCCCCCGGGACAGUGACGCUGAGAGCGACGCAGGCAAGAAAGAGAGUGACGGGGAGGAGGGCCGCCUUCCCCAGCCAAAGCGAGAAGGCCCUGUUGGUGGGGAGAGCGACUCGGAGGACAUGUUUGAGAAGACAUCCGGCUUUGGAAGCGGAAAGCCGUCGGAGGCGAGUGAGCCAGGCCCGGCAGAACUCCUAAGGGUCCGGGAGGACACCGAGUGCCUGGUGACCAUAAAGCUGGAGGCCCAGCGGCUUGAGCGGACUGUGGAGCGCCUCAUCUCUGACACGGAUGGCUUCAUCCAUGACUCGGGACUGCGGGGCAAUGGAUUGGCCUCACCCGGGGUCCAAGGCGGAGGAGGUGAGGGCAACAGCCCGAGUGAGCCCCACUUGUUGGAGACCAUCAAUGUGAGGAUGAAGGCUUUCAGGAAAGAGCUGCAGGCCUUCCUGGAGCAGAUGUCCCGGAUUGUGGAUGGUCUCUCGCCCUUAUCCCACCUCACAGAGUCAUCCAGCUUUCUCUCCACUGUGACUUCUGUGUCCCGGGACUCCCCCAUCGGGACCCUGGGGAAGGAGCUGGGCCCAGACUUGCAGUCCAAACUGAGAGAGCAGCUGGAAUGGCAGCUCAAUCAGGAUCGAGGGGACGAGCGAGAGGGCCUGCGUCUCCGAACCACUCGGGAGCUGCACCGGCGUGCGGAUGGGGAUUCCAGGAGCCACCACGGGCUGGGAGGCCAGAGCUGUUUCAAUCUAGAGCUCAGGGGUUCCCCAGUCUUACCUGAGCAGAGUGUGUCUGUAGAAGAGCUACAGGGUCAGCUCGAGCAGGCGGCCAGACUCCAUCAAGAGGAGACAGAGACAUACACAAACAAGAUCCGUAAGAUGGAGGAGGACCACCUCUACGCCCUGCGGUGGAAGGAGCUGGAGAUGCACAGCCUGGCCCUGCAGAACACCCUUCACAAGCGGACGUGGAGCGACGAGAAGAAUCUGCUGCAACAGGAGCUCAGGUCCCUGAAGCAGAACAUCUUCCUCUUCUACGUCAAGCUCAGGUGGCUGCUGAAACACUGGCGCCAAGGGAAGCAGAUGGAGGAGGGAGGAGAGGAUCUCGAGGAGAGCGAACAUCCAGAGAAUGUGCCUGGGCUUGCUGAGCUUGGAGUCCAGGGGGGUCACCAGACAGAUGGGAUAGACCAGGAGGAUGCUGACCGAGGCUGUGGCCUUCCCGUGGGAGAGCAUGCCCCACACUCCUUGGUACAGAUCAGCGAACAUGGAUCAAGGCUGCAGACUGCAGACGGGGGACCACUUAACAAACAGGUGGUGGAAAACCAGCAGCUCUUCAGGGCCCUCAAGGCUCUGCUGGAGGACUUCCGUUCGGAGCUGCGCGAAGAUGAGCACGCGCGCCUGCGGCUGCAGCAGCAGUACGCCAGCGACAAGGCUGCGUGGGAUGUGGAGUGGGCUGUGCUCAAGUGCCGCCUGGAACAGCUGGAAGAGAAGACGGAGAAAAGCUUGGGAGAGCUGGAUUCCUCUGCCGAGGGCAAAGGGGCCUUGAAGAAGGAGAGAGAGGUACACCAGAAACUGCUGGCUGACAGCCACGGCCUGGUUAUGGACCUGCGCUGGCAGAUCCAUCACCGAGAGAAGAACUGGAACCGGGAGAAGGUGGAGCUGCUGGAGCGGCUGGACAGCGAGCGGCAGGAGUGGGGGCGACAGAAGGAGGAGCUCCUGUGGCGGGUGGAGCAGUUACAGAAAGAGAAAAGUCCCCGGAGAAGCGGCAGUUUCCUCUGCAACCGGAGAGAAGACGACACACGCCCUUACCCUCACCAAGGAAGCCUCCAUCCCUCCCGCCCCGUGUCCAUGUGGCCCUGUGAAGACGCUGACUCCGUCCCAUUUGAAGACCGGCCACUUUCCAAACUAAAGGAGUCGGACAGGUGCUCGGCCAGUGAGAACCUGUACUUGGACGCUUUGUCCCUGGAUGAUGAUCCUGAGGAUCUGCCACCCCUCAGGAACUGUCUUGCUGAGGAAGAAGAAAGCCGCAAGGGCAAUCUCCAAAGGGCUGUGUCUGUGUCCUGUAUGUCUGAGUUCCAGCGUCUGAUGGACGUCUCUCCAUUCCUGCCUGAGAAGGGGCUACCUUCCGCCAGCAGCAAGGAGGAUGUCACUCCACCCCUGUCUCCCGACGACUUGAAGUACAUCGAAGAAUUCCAUAGCAACGACUGGGAUUACGCAUCCCCCAGGGCUGAGGGCGAUCGGCCUCCAGACCCCUGGGCAGACAGGACCGAGGUGGGGCGGGUGGGGCAUGAGGCCACCACAGAGCCUUGUCCGGAUCCCUCCUGGUACCUGACCACAAGUGUCACGAUGACUACAGACACCAUGACCAGCCCGGAGCACUGCCAGAAGCAGCCACUGCGGACCCAUGUCCUUACUGAGCAGUCUGGGGUGCACGUGCUGCACAGCCCGCCUGCCAUUCGCAGGGUUGACAGUAUAGCAGCAGGCGGCGAGGGCAGGAGUCGAGCGGACCCCGAGGGCCCCUUUCCUAUGAGCAGAGCAAGAGGGAACCUGGCAGAUGCCAAGGGAGGUCAUCCAGAACCUGUGCUCAAUAGGUGGUCUUGCACGCCACCCAGACAUCCCCGGGACUGUGUGGAGGGGUCUCUUUGCCCCCUUGACAGACCUAUGUGCCCCUCCCUGGGCUUUGCCUCCCCUCUCAACAGCCUAGAUAUGUCCAAGAACAUGAGCGAUGACAUGAAGGAGGUAGCUUUUUCUGUCAGGAAUGCCAUCUGCACCGGUCCUGCUGAGCCACAUGUUAGGGAUAUGGCCUGCCAGACCAAUGGGUCCAGGACAGCAGGGACACAGACCAUCCAGACAAUCAGUGUGGGCCUGCAGACUGAGGCCCUACGUGCCAGCGGCGUCACCAGCAGCCCCCAUAAGUGUCUCACGCCAAAAGCCGGAGGUGGCACCACACCCGUGUCUUCUCCUUCCCGCAGCCUUAGGAGCAGACAGGUGGCCCCUGCCAUUGAGAAGGUGCAGGCCAAGUUUGAACGCACCUGCUGCUCCCCAAAGUACGGUUCUCCCAAACUUCAGAGAAAGCCCCUCUCAAAAGCUGACCAGCCAAAUAUCAGGACCUCACCAGGCGUGCCCCAGAAAGGGUUCAGCGAGUCAGCCUGGGCCCGCUCCACCACCACGAGGGAGAGCCCUGUGCACACCACCAUCAAUGAUGGCCUCUCCAGCCUCUUCAACAUCAUCGACCACAGUCCCGUCGGGGUGCGGGCUGGGAGCCGAUCUCGGUCAGCAGAACCCCGACAGGAGCUGGGUCCAGGCCAGGAAACGGGCACCAGUUCCCGAGGAAGGUCGCCCAGCCCCCUAGGGGUAGGCUGUGAGACAUUCAGGGAAGAGGGAGGAGAGAACACGCCAGUGAGACAGGACUUAUCUGCGCCCCCUGGCUACACGCUCACUGAGAAUGUGGCCCGGAUCCUCAACAAAAAGUUGUUGGAGCAUGCCUUAAAGGAGGAGAGGAAGCAAGCCGGCCAUGGCUCCUCAGGUCUCACCAGCGACAGCCACACUGGAGAACCAGUGCCAGCCGAGCCAGGAUCCAUGGAGGAACUGCCUUGUUCUGCGCUCGCGCCCUCCCUAGAGCCCUGCUUUUCCAGGCCAGAGAGACCAGCAAACCGCCGCCUUCCAUCCCGUUGGGCCCCACCUUCCCCCACUGCCUCACAGUCUCAGUCACCCGGACACCCGAUGUCCACGGAGGAACACGGUGAGGAGGACCCACCAGAGGAGAAGCCACACCCGUGACAGGAUAGCAAGCUUGCGUGGAUGACCGCCCGGAAGAGUUCACUGUAAUUUGCAUAACCAGGCCAUCACCGCCAUCAGCCAACCUCCACCCCAAAGGAAAGCUGUAGAUCCUUUCUCAAGGUCCAAGGAUGCUUUUAAAAACAUACGGCUACUGAAUGUUCAACCUGGUAAACUGAGAUGUUUCGGGAAUGAAACAGUCAAUGUGCCUGUAAUCAUUUUUUCAUAGCUCAGAAAACUAUUUUUUGUCUCCCAUCUUUUUUACACAUGAUAUAUUAAACAAAAAAAGGUAAAUAAGGUAUAAGUAGAUUUAAAGAGUUUUAAAAUGUACAUUUUAAGAGAUUCCGAGCACCCUUGUUCUCAGUUCUGCCUGCCUGUUGAAUUUGCACUGUUCUGUUCUGGUUGAGUUCGGAGUGUUCUAAGUUAAAUUUUAUUUUGUCCAGUCUUAAUUUUUCGGGAGUCUUUCUUAAUGCUUUGGACUGUCUUAACUCAGUGAACUUUUUGUAGCGAAAAGGCCGAGAGGCCAGAAGACGAGAGUGUCUGUCAUCUGGAAGGAUGUAGGCCCACAUUACUUAAGACUCUGCGUGACCCAUCUGCCCAGCCUGACCGCACGUCCUCGGGCACCUGUACAUACACUGCUCUGUCCCCGCCCUCGCCUGCGUGUGCGUCGGUCCGGUCCACUGUAACUUGUUGUGAAGUUCCUUGUACCGUAUGUACUGUUGCCGUUGGUCUCUUGUACCAGUGAGACAACAGCGCCAUUUUUUUUUAAUUAUUGUUAAAACAUUAACUGACGGUGUACAAAUCUCACUUGACAUUUUUCUUGUUUAAGGAAAAGCACUACCAAAAAAAAAAAAAUCAUAAGGAGGCCAAACGGAGACAGACGAAGGUGCCUCAGGUCUGCCUGAGACCACGGUGACAUGGAAAUAAAGUCCUUAUG